AGUCAGUUUAUAUUCCUACUAAGGCGUUCAUUUCUACACAAAUAUUCCUUCUCAUCAUCGCGAUCUUAAUCAUUUUGUCGUCUAAGCGAAUAUGGCUAAUACUGACUCUCCUUCGCUGACUCUCGUGUUCGCCUGUUGGCGCUCGAGUUGUCGUCAUUAUGUGACGUUUGAGAUUCCCGGUAGAAGUUGCCGAAACGGUGAUUCAAGUAACAUCUUGUGCGUCAUUCAGUUUUCAACUCGGUCUCCUGUCCUCUUUCUCCAGAUUUUUCCCAAGUUUUAUGACAGUUGUCGCUCAGGUAGAUUUUCUCUCCCAAGUAUUUGCUGAAGUUUAAAGAUGUCAGAACCGUCAAGGGCAAAAGUUUCCCACAUAAGGAGUCUUCAUAAGUAUAUGAGGCAGUGCAUCACCCGCCUGCUCCCGGAAGAUCUCGAAUUUCUCGAGCAGGAAGUCGUGAACUGGAUUGGGCGAGACUCCUACGAGAACGGUUUGAACGCUGGGGACACUUAUGGCAUUAGCCAGGGCUUUCACACCUUGCAAGAGCCUCCAGAAGACACAACGGAGCUUUUCGACUACUCAAUGACGAUCGGAAUGAAUUUGGACCAGCUGAGCAACGACGGAGCAGAGAUGUGCGUGCAAAUCUUCUACAUGAUCGAGUCUGGGAUUAAGGAAGGCAAGCAGCACUACUUCAAGAAGCUUCAUCAUAUCAUUUGCAAGGAGUCUUGUAGAGAUCCGGCGUCGUGUUCGUCGCUGAAGUUGAAAUAAAUGAUCCAAAUUAUGUGAUCGGAAUAGAAUGUGUGGUUUGACUC